CCUCAAUCUCCGCCAUCGCACUGCAGCACACAUUGUACUCGUUAUGGAUCUUCCUCGGCUCAUCAAUACUCUCAUGGACGCGCGAGCUGUGGCGAACAUGGCACUCCAUCGAAGUGGCUACGUUCCUAGCCAGCAGGAUACAUGCGCGAUCAAAAACGCAGCAAACAGCCUACCUCUUCUUGAGGACAUGGUCAAUCAGGAAAUGCAAAAGCUAUCCAACCUCAAGCUCGCUAUCUGGAAACAGAAAGCGCUGCACAUUUCCCUCAUCGCCCCUUGUCGUCGACUCCCUCCCGAAAUCCUCUCGAUGAUCUUCGUACUGGCGCUGCCCAAUUCCUGGUCGAGGCAGCCUGCCUGCAAGAGGACAUUCAACUGUAUGUCUGUCUGCGUCAUGUGGCGCAACAUCGCACUGCAAACACCCCAGCUAUGGACUUCGCUGUGCUUCAAUAGACUGACCAACCCGCUGAAGAGUCACGUUCGCACGUUGGCUAACGAACUUCGCAAGUCAGGGCAAUCGCCGUUGGAUUUGUCCAUAGACUUUAUGCCCCGUGUGGAUGACUGGAGCGACGAAGCAUGGGCACUGCUUUGCGCCGAGUCUAACCGGUGGCGGCGCAUUUCUCUCGAAAAUCUCCCUGCUGUGGCCUACGAGAGAUUGUCAGGAAGAGUGUUCCCCGCCUUGAAAGCCCUAUCUAUCGACCACGGCGACGUUUCAUUGACGGAUCUAUUUCUGAACGUGUUCAACCGGCAAUCCUGCCGGCUGGUGUCUUUGGCCAUAACUGGGGCGGCAGACAUGCAUCGCCUGAGCCUACCGGCUUCAUGGCCCCUCACGGAGCUCGAACUCAACUUGUUGUCCGAUACCCUAGCGGAUUGGACAGCCGUCCGCGGCACCCUCAUCGCUUACAGCGCAACAUUGCGCGUGUGCACGAUAUCAGGCGAUCUCCGUGACUUCAAGCUCGCCUUUGGGGACGCGCCCAUAAACCUCCCUUGCCUCGAGAACUUGACUCUUAACUAUGAAGCGAUACAACUAGGCCAAGCUCUAGUAUGCGCGAACCUUCGGUCCCUCGUGCUCUCCGCUGGCGGCUUUGACGCUGACGAUGUUGUACAUGCUCUGAAGAGUCUUCUGGACAUAUCAUCGGGGUGCAAGCUGCUUCGCUCCCUCACGCUCCGCCAGAUGACACGCGCGCCGUUGGAUCCUCUCGUCGACUGCCUCGAUCGCCUUCCGUCACUCACGGCUCUCCAACUGAAGAACCUCGAGGACUGUCAAGUGCACGACCAGCUGUUAUCCCUCGACUUGCUCUGCCAAUUUUCGCGCGAUGGUACACAUCCCGGAUCCUUGACCCGCUUGCCGAACCUUGAACGCUUGACUCUGAUAUUCGAAGACGUCCUUGACUACGAAGACGAGAGCAAGUAUGUUCUUGCGAUCAAGAAUAUCGCUUACUCUAGGCAGCACCCUCGGGUGGUAGGCGGGACUCGCCUGGCGCCGCUUGAAUGUCUGCAUACAUGUGAUGGAAUGGUUAAAAAGCUGCCAGGAUUUGAACGAAAGGGGGACAAGAUGCGCAUGCUCUGGCUAUUCAAGAGCGUUCCAUGGGGGUGUAGCACCGGAUAUAUAGACUAG